UUUGUCUACGCUACGCCUCCUCUCCCUCCCGACUGUACCGACUACGUUCCAUUGCACAAAGUAAUAGACAUCAGACAUGCCUUGCAAACCAGCAGUAUGCAGCCACUCCCUUGGCCGAGCAUGGGUCCACGACAUGCCUUCCAAGCUCGACCAAGCAGCACGAUACGGACUUGACAUCGAACUGUUCUACGAGGACCUUCUAUAUAUUGCGAAAGAACUACCUGGCGGACCGACACCCGAGAACCACCUCGAAGCAGCGCGGUACAUCCGGGAAUUAUGCGACAAGCGAUCAGUCACGAUCAUCUGUCUCCAACCGUUCAUGCACUACGAUGGCCUUCGAGAUCGGGAAAGGCAUGCCGAGCGGAUCGAGGAGAUGAAGCUGUGGAUCGAGAUGGCGAAGAUUCUCGGAACGAACCUCAUUGGCAUUCCAUCAACAUGCUUGCCAGACGACCAAGUCAGCGGUGACAUGGAUUUGAUUGUUCAAGACAUGAUCGAAAUCGCCGAUUUAGGUCGAGCAGACGGUAUGCUCUUUGUAUACGAGGCCUUGUGUUGGGGAACACAUAUCAACCUCUGGGAGCAAACAUGGGAAGUCGUGCAACGAGUCGAUCGACCAAAUUUCGGCAUGUGCAUCGACACAUACAAUCUGGCCGGUCGAGUCUACGCUGAUCCAGCAUCACCUACUGGCAAGACUGUCAAUGCGGACGCGGACAUGGCCGCCACUCUUCAACGCCUGGUCUCGACCGUGGAUGUCAACAAGAUCUUCUUCGUCCAAGUCGUCGACGCUCAACGCCUGUCAUCACCCCUCGUCGAGGGCCACGAACUCUACCAGCCAGAUCAAUGCGCUCGUAUGAGCUGGUCGCGGAACUGUAGACUGUUCUACGGCGAAGACGACCGCGGCGCAUACCUUCCAAUUCGGGAUGUGCUGGAGGCGCUAUUGGUUGACCUUGGCUAUGAGGGCUAUCUGAGUGCCGAGCUGUUCAACGCCAGUCUGACGAAGGAGGACGCGGAAGUCCCGGCUGAGCAUGCACGGAGAGCGGCGGAGUCAUGGCAGAAGAUUGUGGAGGACUUCGGUCUGGAUCAGAGCAUUGAGAAGACGCAAUCGUCAAGAGUGGCGAGACUUGUUGCGGAGUCGGCACCAAGGGCGCAGUUAUGAAAGAAGGGAUGGAGCAGCACAUUUCGAGCAGAUAGUAUAGACUAGACUUAGGCCUCGAGAAGGGCUCAUUGCAUGUGAUACCCAAGCAGCACCAUGGCUGCUAUGAUCAAUC